AAAAAGUUCAAACUAUGGAUUCAACAGAUAUUUAUCAUGCCCCGAAAACCACGACGCCCAGAAUCGGAUACGCCCAUCACGACUUCAUCGCCGAGGACAUCAUGGCCACCAGCGAGCAGCGUCGAAUCACCGAGAUCGUCCUCGAGCUGACCAUCGACUUUGUCAUCUCACUCCUCGGGAUCUUCACCAACGUCGUCAUCGUGGCGGUCUUCGCCAGGCAAGGGUUCAAGGACAGCAUGAGCAUCUCCAUGACGACCGUGGCCCUCUGGGACCUCGUCAAGAGCCUGGGCGGCUUCAUGCAGAGGCUGGCCGGCCCGAUGGUGCUGUUCUCCCCGGCCGCGGCCAAGAGCUGGGCCAACCUCUCGGUCAUGGUCUUCAACUACCUCGUCUCCGUCACGUGCUACGUCACGAGCGUGCUGGCGGCGUACGUCGCGGUGGAGCGCUGCCUCUGCGUGACGGUGCCCUUGAAGGUCAAGUGGCUCCUCACGCCCAAGACGGCCCUGGUCGUAUGCGUCGCGAUAUCCGUCGUCGUCUUCGGGAGCUUCUUCGUCAUUUUCUUCAUCUACGACGUCUACUGGGUGUACGACCCGACGUACAACGAGACGGUCGCCGUCUUCGAGUACAACUCGUUCUCGGUCAACAACACGGCGUUGUUCGGCUACUACAACAUGUCUGGGACGCUUUGGCCGCUGGUCAGUCUCGUCGUUAUCGUCAUUUCUACAAUCAUCAUCAGCUACAAGCUCAGGAAAUCGGCCGAGUUUCGCUACCGAACUAAAUCGGUGUCCGGUCCCGUCACCUCAGACUCCACGGAACGCAUUCAGCCCCAAAGAUACACGAAGAAAAGUGGCCAGAACCAGGCCAAAACGACGGUAAUUUCGAGGAGGGAUCAGCAGGUCGUCAAAAUGCUGCUCGUCAUCAUAGGGGUGUACAUCGUACAUUUGGCUCCACGCGUGGCAAACUACCUGGCCAAGUACCUGGUAUUCGACUACUACUACCUUCGCAAGUACCACAACCUCUUCUCCAUAGUGGCCUACGUCGUGUUCGUGUUCGACUUCAUCAACGGCUCGAUAAAUCUCUUCGUGUUUUUUGCAAUGAGCACCGCCUUUAGGAGGACCGCGUUGGAGCUGCUCACCUGUCGAUGCAGGUGCAAACAAUUGGCCACAAAAAAGUUAUUGUACUAGAAAUACUUUGGUAGGAUGAAAUUGCAUCUUGAUUGUGGUAGUGUUGUGUGUGACAAUUUCAGGAAAAACAAUAAAAAUAUCCAC